AUGGUUAAAGAUGCAGCAGAGCAUAUUGAAUAUGAACAUGAACGAACGCACCCAGGAAUUCAGUGUGGCAGACCUCGAUGUUUAACCAAGUUCCAAGAGUUUACUUUGACACUAGUGAGAUUAAGGCUUGGAUUGCUGGAAAAGGACCUUGCUCAUCGGUUUAGUGUCUCAAGACCCCUUGUAUCCAAAGUUUCAAGGGCCUGGACGAGAUUUCUGAGGGGACAGUUUGAGCCACUUAUUACUAUUCCACCCAGGGAAGUUCUCAAACUCUACAUGCCUGACAUUUUCAAAUCCUUCUAUCCAGACUGUGUCAUUAUUGUGGACUGUACAGAGUUUGAGAUGGAGAAACCUUCAGCACUUAAUUCUCAAUCUGCUUGCUACUCGUCAUACAAGUCUAGAACGACGAUGAAAGCCUUGCUUGGUAUAACACCCAGUGGUGCUUUAUGUUUUGUCAGUGAGCUAUUUCCUGGUUCAACUUCUGACAAGGAAAUAACAGUUCAAAGUGGACUGUUGGACAAGUUACAACCUUAUGAUCAAGUUAUGGCAGACAAAGGGUUCAACUGCACUGAUGAGCUUGCUUCUGUGGGAGCAGAACUGAUUAGACCAGCAUUUUUGGUUAAAGAUACACAAUUCUCAAAAGAAGAAACCAACCACAACAAGAUUGUUUGA